GCCGCAAGCGCAGCUUCACCUUCGGGGCCUAUGGAGGGGUGGACAAGUCCUUCACCCCUCGGCGGAGUGUGUGGAGGAGUGAUGGGCACACCCAGCGCGUCCCUCAAGCACUAGACCUACCACGAGUGGACUCAGCUCCCUCCCACACUGCUUCACUGCACCCCAAGAUCACAGGUCUGUUUGAGAUGAUUGAAAAGAUGCAGGGAAGCAGGAUGGACGAACAGCGAUGCUCCUUCCCACCACCCCUCAAAACGGAGGAGGACUACAUUCCCUACCCCAGCGUCCACGAGGUCCUGGGGCGAGAAGGGCCCUUCCCCCUCAUCCUGCUGCCUCAGUUUGGGGGCUACUGGAUUGAAGGCACCAACCACGACAUCACCAGCAUCCCCGAGACAGAGCCGCUGCAGUCACCCACCACCAAGGUGAAGCUGGAGUGCAACCCUACCGCCCGCAUUUACCGGAAGCACUUUCUUGGCAAGGAGCAUUUCAAUUACUACUCACUGGACACCGCCCUGGGUCACCUUGUCUUCUCACUCAAGUAUGAUGUCAUUGGAGACCAGGAACACCUGCGGCUGCUGCUCAGGACCAAGUGUCGGACAUACCAUGAUGUCAUCCCCAUCUCCUGCCUCACCGAGUUCCCCAACGUGGUCCAGAUGGCGAAGCUGGUGUGUGAAGAUGUAAACGUGGAUCGAUUCUACCCUGUGCUCUACCCCAAGGCGUCCCGUCUCAUUGUCACCUUUGACGAGCAUGUUAUCAGCAAUAACUUCAAGUUUGGAGUCAUUUAUCAGAAGCUUGGCCAGACCUCGGAGGAAGAGCUCUUCAGCACCAACGAGGAAAGCCCUGCCUUCGUGGAGUUCCUUGAGUUUCUUGGCCAGAAGGUCAAGCUGCAGGACUUUAAAGGGUUUCGCGGAGGCCUGGACGUGACCCACGGGCAGACGGGGACCGAGUCUGUGUACUGCAACUUCCGCAACAAGGAGAUCAUGUUUCACGUGUCCACCAAGCUGCCCUACACUGAAGGGGACGCCCAGCAGCGGCACAUUGGGAACGACAUCGUGGCGGUGGUCUUCCAGGACGAGAACACGCCCUUCGUGCCCGACAUGAUCGCGUCCAACUUCCUGCACGCCUACGUGGUGGUGCAAGCUGAAGGCGGGGGCCCCGACGGCCCCCUCUACAAGGUCUCCGUCACUGCGAGAGAUGACGUCCCCUUCUUCGGGCCCCCCCUCCCGGACCCUGCAGUGUUCAGGAAGGGGCCUGAGUUCCAGGAAUUUUUACUGACAAAGCUGAUCAAUGCUGAAUAUGCCUGCUACAAGGCAGAGAAGUUUGCCAAACUGGAGGAGCGCACGCGGGCCGCCCUCCUGGAGACGCUCUACGAGGAGCUGCACAUCCACAGCCAGUCCAUGAUGGGCCUGGGCGGCGACGAGGACAAGAUGGAGAACGGCGGCGGCGGCGGAGGCUUCUUCGAGUCUUUCAAGCGGGUCAUCAGGAGCCGCAGCCAGUCCAUGGAUGCCAUGGGGCUAAGCAACAAGAAGCCCAACACCGUGUCCACCAGCCACAGUGGGAGCUUCACGCCCAACAACCCUGACCUGGCCAAGGCGGCUGGAAUAUCAUUGCUUAUUCCCGGGAAAAGCGCGAGUAGAUUCGGACGCCGGGGCAGUGCCAUAGGCAUAGGAACCGUGGAAGAGUCACUGAUUGUCCCUGGGAAGAGCCCCACGAGGAAGAAGUCGGGGCCAUUCGGGUCACGCCGCAGCAGCGCCAUUGGCAUCGAGAACAUACAGGAGGUGCAGGAGAAGAGGGAGAGCCCCCCAGCUGGCCAGAAGACCCCAGACAGCGGGCACGUCUCCCAGGAGCCCAAGUCGGAGAAUUCAUCCACGCAGAGCUCCCCAGAGAUGCCCACAACCAAGAACAGAGCGGAGACGGCAGCCCAGCGAGCAGAGGUGCUGAAGGACUUCUCCCGUUCCUCGUCCAGCGCCAGCAGCUUCGCCAGCGUGGUGGAGGAGACGGAGGGUGUGGACGGGGACGAUACGGGCCUGGAGAGCGUCUCGUCCUCGGGGACACCCCAUAAGCGGGAUUCCUUCAUCUACAGCACGUGGCUGGAGGACAGCGUCAGCACGACCAGCGGGGGCAGCUCGCCAGGCCCCUCGAGGUCACCCCACCCAGACGCCGCCAAGGCGGGGGACCCUGCAUGUCCCGAGAUCAAGAUCCAGCUGGAAGCGUCUGAACAGCACAUGCCCCAGCCGAUGGGGCCUCAGAAGCACAAGGUGAAGCUGCUGUGUCAACUCCAGGCAGAUGGACCUCUGCUUCCAGGCCAGCACCAGCCCCCGGGCUGCCCUUCCCCCACCCUCCCCUCGGCCCUCCCAGCUGGGCUCUCUCUGCAGGGCAGAACCGUCCAGACCCACCCGGGAGCCAGGAGCUGCUGGCAUCAUCCCCACCCUUGGGCCGGGGGCCAGGCUAGGGCAGGGAGUGGUCAGUGGUUUGCCCCCACUCUGGCUCCUCCAUCUCUCCCAGGUGCACCUCUGGACUCAGGGGGUAGUAAGCUAUUCAGUGCGCGCAGAGCUGCCGUGGAUGCAGCGGGGUGCGAGUGCAGUGGGUGAGCUCUGGGCGAUGGCGGAGGGCACCCUCCUGUGGGGCUCUGGGCACCCCUGUCGGGGUGCCUCUGCUGUGGAAGGAUGGAUUGUUUGAGGUCACUGAAGACUGUGGUCCCCAGGACCUGCACCCGAUGGGGCACUGUUCUCCCGGGGCCUCCCAUCACACCACCCUGCUUUUGGGGUCUCUGGGGCUCCAGGUGGGUUGAGAGGUGGGUGUUGAUUGCCUGUCGCCUCGCCUGGACCCCACGUUCUACCACAGAUCUGCCAACACCCCAUCCCCUGCCUCCACACAACGGACAGGUGCCCCUCACGGGGAACCACCUGGCUUCUCAGCAGCACCCAGCGUGGCCUCCCAUGCUCCUGGGCGCUCUCAGCUCGCGGGUCUCAGCUGGCUGGAGUGGCCACUCGCCUCCAUGGCCCCUGCCCCAGCGAGGGCAGCCAGGCCCAGCGGCUGAGGCCACAUCUGUGUGUCUGUCCACACUUUUUAGGCACCACGCCGAAGGCCAGCCUUCCAGCCCCAACACCCAUUUUGGAAGCCCCCGUGGCCGUGUGUAUGUCGGUGACAGUUGUACAAAAUAAAUUCUAUUUAUCGCUAUUG